AUGAAGACCCGACCUGCCGGGAUCGGCAAUGUCAAUGCCGACUGGAUGGGUUCGCUCCCCUCCAAGCUCAGUGCCAUGCCCCUCAAACACCUCGCCGUGCCAGGGUCUCACGAUUCUUUUACCUUCUGGGUGGACGUGCAUGCCCCGGUGGGCCCCGAUCAGAAGGCAUUUGUGCAAUACCUGGCCACCAUGUUCAGCGUCUUAGCCAAGAAAGUCAUGGUGAAGUGGUCCAUGACCCAGAAUCUGACAUUUAGAGAGCAGCUGGAUGCAGGAAUCCGCUACUUUGAUCUCAGGGUCUCCUCCAAACCAGGGGAGCCUGGAAAUGAGAUCUACUUUAUCCAUGGCCUGUUUGGCCACAAGGUGCGGGAUGGCUUGUUAGAAAUUAACUCCUUCUUAAGCAGGCACAGGAAAGAGGUAGUGUUACUAGACUUUAACCACUACUAUGAGAUGGACGCAGAGCAUCAUGUGUACCUCAUCAACAUGCUCCAGGAAGUGUUUGGCAGCAAGCUUUGUAAACACUGUGCAGUGGAGAGCAUCACUCUGGACUACCUCUGGGAAAAGAAAUACCAGGUGCUUGUUUUCUACCACCAUCCAUCAGGACAGGGCAUCUCUGUCAUGUGGCCUGGCAACAAGAUCCCUGCCCCAUGGGCAAACACCACCCAGCCCAACAAGCUCAUACAGUUCCUGGAAACUACACUGAAGGAAAGAGCCAAGCAGGGCUCCUUCCACGUGUCUCAGGCCAUCCUCACACCCAGGGUUAACACCGUGGCCAAGGGCUUGGUCUGGGGGCUACGCACCUACCUGGUGGAGAGAAACCUGCCCGCCAUCAUGUCCUGGGUUGAGGCUCAGAGGCCAGGGGUGGACGGGGUCAACAUCAUCACCUCUGACUUUGUGGAGCUCACUGACUUUGCCAACAUUGUAAUCAAACUCAACAACCUGCUGUUGUCUGAGCAGGACUGCAAACCAAGAUAA